GAUGUUAAUUUAUAUCUUGGGUAAAUCAUUCAAUUCGUUAUUUUUAUUGUUUAAAUUAGUUCAUAUGAAUAUUGAUUUCGAUUCGACAUUGAAUUAUAUCUUGGAUAAGCAGUAGGUAUAUAUUUUUCAAGAAUACUAAUUAAUUACAUACUACUGCUCACCGAUUUGUUAAAUUCAUUCAAGUGUUUUUAAUUUUUUAGUUAAUUAAAUUACAAAUAAGUAUUAUGGCCUUCAUUUGGUACCAAUCAAUCAAGAGAGAUGAGUUGUUUGAAUGUAUCAUUUGAGUUGUUUGAAUGAUUUUACUUGAAUUAGAGUCUCCAACAAGGAGAAAGAGAAGGAAAUGAAUGGGAGCAAGGCAGAACAUGGAGCAAAUGAGCGCAUGAGAAUUUUAUGUUCAGUGGAUUUGGGGAGAGGGUGGCCAAUCAUUUGAAAAAAAAACUCAGGAAAAGCAGUGGAUUCUUAAGAGGGGCUUCAAUGUACAGAAGAAUUAUAAGAAUCAGGUGUACCACACUUCAUAGGCUUCAAUUUCAGGAAACGAUCGAGAUAGACACACAACACAAGUUCAGUGGAAUUGAAAGUGACUGGGGAUACACAAAUUUUAUUCCUCUUACUGAGUUUUGGAACCCUAGUAAGGGUUAUGUGGUGAAUGAUAGAGUCAUUAUUGAAACUGAGGUUACUGUACUUGAGGUUGGCUACACAAUAUUCCCUCCAGCCAUCAUGAAGACUUCAAAUCCCCAAGAGUUGGCCAAAAAUUCUGAGGUAUUACAAUUUCAAUAUGUUCUAAAACUGAACCCUUGUAUGAAACCCUCUUUUGGGGAUAACCACCUACCUUUACAUAGGAAACAAUUCUCCCUAAGGCUGAGACAAAUGAGACUGUUGGAAGCUAAACAGCUUCUGAAGUCAAGGGAUCGAAGGCAACAAGGAGCUCCCGAGCAUGGCUGUUGUCUGCAUUGAAGAAAGAAAGAAGAAGAAAUAGGGUUUAGCCUCCAAUGACUAGUUUCUUUAUUUAAAUGUAUGUGUGAGUGACAAGUGUACACUCCAGAUUAGAUCACUUAAACCCAAUGAAGGGUUAGGAUUUAAUCUAGGGUAGUAAGGUUGAAAUGGUUGUUUAAAGUUUCUUAUCACCCACUCUCUUAAACAAGUAUGGGCCUUGGCAAUGCACCAUACCCAACAACAUUUCCCCUACUUAAUGAAAUUAUGGCUGCUGCAUUCUUCACAGCCUUUGAAGCUGUCAA